CGGAUUCCACAGCGUUCGAAGCGUUUACCUGGCGCUCAACGCUGAUUGGUUAGUUUGGCGCGGCUGUGUUUGCGGCGACGGUGGGUUAAGCUUCUCUUGCAGAUCAAGGCAUGGAUCUCGUUCUCAGUAUUGCCGAUCACUACUUCUUCACGCCCUAUAUCUACCCGGCGACGUGGUCGGAGGAUGACGCGCUUCGGCAAAUCCUUGGACUCUUGGUGGUGACCAACCUCGGAGCUGCCGUCCUCUACCUGGGCCUGGGGUCUCUGAGUUACUACUUCAUCUUCGACCACAGGCUGAUGAAACACCCGCAGUUUCUGGAAAACCAGGUGAGGAGGGAGAUCCGAUAUGCCAUGCAGUCCUUGCCCUGGAUCAGCAUCCCCACGGUGGCCCUGUUCUUUGCUGAGAUUAGGGGGUACAGCAAGCUGUACGACAGCGUUGACGACUCCCCUUAUGGCUGGCUGGGAGUGAUCCUCAGCAUGGUUUCCUUUCUGUUCUUCACUGACAUGAGUAUCUACUGGAUCCAUCGGCUUCUCCACCACAAGCUCAUUUACAAGUACUUCCACAAGCCCCACCACACCUGGAAGAUCUCCAGCCCCUUUGCCAGUCAUGCCUUCCACCCUGUGGACGGCUUCCUGCAGGGCCUGCCCUACCACAUCUACCCCUUCCUCUUCCCCCUACACAAGGUGGCCUACCUGGGGCUGUACGUCUUCGUCAACAUCUGGACCGUGUCCAUCCACGAUGGGGACUACCGCGUCCCCCGCUUCCUGCAGGCCACCGUCAACUGCGCAGCCCACCACACCGACCACCACCUGUUCUUUGACUACAACUACGGGCAGUACUUUACCCUGUGGGACCGUAUCGGCGGCUCGUACCGACUCCCCUCUGCUUUCCAGGGAAAAGGACCCCUCGAGCAGAUCAGGAAGCACAUGAGUGGAGGCCCUGAGAGCGGCACAGCCCCCAAAAACGACUGAGCACAACUUCACUCUAAACGCUCCUUCAACGCGCCACCUAUUGCCUUGUGAUUUCUUAGUACACUUUAACAACUAUUAAAAUAUAUUACUGUCUGCUUUAGUUACGGCCAGGUGCCUGAAAUACCCUUUCAUUGUUUGAUUUGAGUGUGUGUCAAUGAAGCUGCAGUUUAGCUGCACGCAACCCAUUCUGUUUAAACACCAGCUUGCUGACAGAGUGUAAGGGAUCGCAGCUCUGGGACAAGACUAAUGUAAAGGGCAGUAAUGCUGUAACGACACAAGAACAUCUUGCAGUCCUGUUGCGUUCCAGGGAUGAUUUCCAUACGCUGCACAUGUAGCACAGUGAUAGUACGCUCAACACUCAAUAAUACUUCAAGAAUGUAGAAACCAGGAGGAAAUGUGGGAUUCAUUUCCUGCACAAAAUGAAAGUGACGGCAAUAAAGAAUGUGGCGGUGCAUCGUAGAUCUAUAUAUUUAUUAAGAUCAGUGCAAGGUGCAACUGAAGGAGGUUCAGGAGGGAGAGAAGACAAUGAAUUCUUUAUUAAAUAUGGUGCUUUUAAUAAUAUGAAACCGCAAUGGGCUUUCUCUUGGUGUCAGUGAGUUAAACAUGCCAUAGAGAAACCUCUGAGCAGCCUGUGUUCUGUGAUGAAUCUGGAAUUGAGCUGAGGAGCAUGGUGAGAGGUGCUGUGGGAAUGUGCCAGGUCUGACAUGCAGUGUUUGUAGGAUUUGGUGAUUCACACAUUGCCUGUGCUGGCACUAAGUUUGAUCGGUCCAGCCCUGAUCCCAGGCCAGUCGCUUGGACAGUAGCGAGAGGUCUUGCCAGCACAGGCUUCGUGUACAGUGGUUCUACACAGGAUAAUAAUGGAAGUGUUUUGAAUGAAAAGCGUGUGUGGCUCUCUGUGCGCAGUUAGAGGGCAGUACAGCGGAAGCUCUUUGAAAAGGAUUCUCAUUUGUAACACAGGGAUUGUGUUGUUGUGUUGGAUUGCGUGCUUGGGCUGUAUGUUUUUCAACACGCUCUCAUAUAGGCGAUUGUAAAGUGAAGCGGUGUGUAGACGGAGCGGACCUUACUGUCUGCUCUUGAUUUCCUGAGUUCUUACAUUUACACAGUAAUCUAUUGAACCGGGGCAUCAAGUUGAAAUACCGCCGCUCGCCACACGAGGGCGCCGGUGUGGAAUCUUCGCUCAGCCGCGCACCUUUCCUUCUCAGGUGAGUCGCGUUAUGUUAGAAGUGAUGGAGGAGGCGAGUGAGACGGGGGACGGCGGUGGAAAAGCCGUUUGUGUUUAUAUAUAUAUAUAUAUAUAUACACACACAUACACAAUAUGAAUGGGUAUUGUUCGUUUGCACACGGUAUUUUUUCUUCGGAGAAUUUGCACAGGUAAGUGUGUUUAUUUUAAUAAUAAUAAUAAU